AUGGAAUCCGUUCAACCGGGCGAUGUGUUCGCCAUCCCGGACUUCAGAGAAACAUGUGAAUCCUUGGAGAUAUCGAGGCCCGCACUGCCCAAGGAGGCCAGCUUCUUCGCCUUGCGAAACUCUUUUGAUGAGGGCCCCUUUGAAGUACCUCAGGACCCUGCCCACAAUGUGGGCUUCUUCAAGCUCCCGCCUGGUCUGGAGGGACAGAAUGAGAACGACGCAGGGGUUGUAGGGGUGGAAAGGUCGCCGCCGCAGGCUGAAAAUGACCCAUCUGUGUCCAAAGGCGCUCACGACGAUGAAGACUUGUGGCUUGCUGAGUCUACAUUGAUUGCUCGCCCUCCUCAAUAUCAGACUUGGGAUGGCUUCAACGCCCCCGACUCACGGAUCCAGGCCCCGCUGUUCAUCACGGAACAAGGGCCCGGCGUGUUUGAUGCUUUACUGGAAUCUCAAGGACAGACCUCCAGCGCCUCUGGGUCAAGCCUGGUCACUACAAGGGAGUAUUGUGCAUGCCUGCUCGCACUGGCGCUGGGCCGUGGAUCAAUAUUGUUCUCGUGGGAUUCCGUCAAGAAGAGCUUCGUCUCGGAACUGGAUACUCCCAGGGUCACUGGAUGUUCGGCUGAGACCAUUCAAGGCUUACAAGAAAUGUGCCUUGCCUGCGGCAAUUAUACUCGGUUUCUCAAAAUGUCAGCGGAGAAGAUGCACACGACCCAUGCGUCUCCAUCCAAGGUUGCCGUCGCCGACCUGGUUGAUCAGCUGUUGCUGGUCAUUCAGAGCGAACUGGGAGCUCGAGGGCAAGAAGUGGUCUCGCUUCUCCAGCUCCAAGCUGCCGUCCGGCCAGUCUUCUCGAUUCUAGGACAUUUUAGAUCCCUGGUACGGAAGCUUUCCAAGAUGCGAUCAGACGAGGAAAUAAUAUCGCUCCUGUUUGAACAAUCUCAGGUGACUGAGCAUAGAGACAGCUUUCUACGGGAUGCCACCCAGGAGAUGCUUCAAUCCAUCUCGAGGCCGUGGCUGGACUUUGCAGCCGAGUGGACAGGCCUGAAAGCCGAGUCUGGCACAAGAAUGAGCAAAACUGGCCCGAGCAAGAGCUUUGUCAAAGUCGCGAACAAGUCAUGGAUCGACGAUGCUGGAUUCGACCUCGAAGAGCCAGAUUAUAUAUUCGACGAAAGCAACAUGCCUUCUUUUAUCCCUGCGGACAUUGCACAGUUGAUGUUUCAAACUGGCCAAAACCUUAGGUUCCUCUGGGAAUAUCAUCCUGACCAUCCGUUAUCCGACAUAUCAACUGUUGAUGCUGCUAGUCCACCCCUGCUGCAGUGGCAGUUCGACUGGACUGCGAUCAGCCGCGUGGAACACAAGGCAUUGGCGUACGAAGCCGCUUUGAAGAAAGCGAUUCGAGAAAGAAGUCUCACAGGUCAUCAGAGCAGGACGACGGACCAGGCGGCUGCCUCGGCGAUUGGACCGUUCCAGAUCUUUGGUCGAGGUGAAGAUGAGAUCCAGCAGUUUGUCCUCACGUCUAUGGAAGAGUUUGACAAGGACCCGCCCCAUACUCGAGAUGACAAGUUUGGUCAGCUACUCAGACACCGCCUCUUCAGAGGCAGUCAGCUGGUUUCAACUCGCCCCGCGGCAGCCCUUGCGACGUUUAACCCACACCGGAGUCUGAUACCCCUACUGUCUUUUGGUCCCAUCAUAUCCUGUCAGUCACGAGUCGUCAACCAAGAGUGUUUGAGAGUUCUGUUCAAUGCCCACAACCUGAGGCAACAUCUGAGUGUUCAGAAAGACUUCCAGCUCCUCGGCAAUGGCGUCUUUUGUAGCCGAAUAUCCCAUGCCUUGUUCGACCCGGAGAUGGACACAGCGGAGCGCGAGGCUGGUGUUGCCCUCACUGGCGGUGCCAUGGGCCUACGCCUAAGUGGUCGGCAAACUUGGCCUCCUGCAAGCUCGGAGCUUCGACUGGCUCUGAUGGGUGUCUUGUCAGAGACUUAUCAGGGCCGGCAGGCAGCGAGCAAGAACGCACCCCUGAAGCAUGCCGAACUGCCUGGUGACAUGAGCUUCGCGGUGAGGAAUCUCUCCAACGAGGAGAUGGAAGCCUGCAUGGAUCCGCACAGCUUGGAAGCAAUGGACUUCCUUCGCCUUUCGUACAAACCGCCAUCUACUCUUCUCCCGAUCAUCACCCCCGUAAUCCUCGUCAAGUAUGACAAGAUAUUCAAGUUGCUGCUGCGCGUUUUGCGCAUGCUCUACGUGGCCAACCAGUUGUUCCGAGAUAUGUCAACUCUGGCAGCUUCUGGCACACACGAGCUGGAUGAUACCAGCCUGAGAUUUCGGAUCGAGGCACAUCAUUUUGUCUCUUGCAUUACGACUUACUUCUUCGACACUGGUAUUGCGAAGCCUUGGUCGAGGUUCCAGACUUGGCUGGACAGCAUCGAGCUGGCCCUGCGUGAUGAAGACGCAGCGGUGGCAGCAGACUGUGGCCCGGACACACUGCGCGAACACCACGAGCGAACGUUGGACCAGAUAAUGCAGACGCUCCUCCUACGUAAAAGACAACAGCCGGUGCUCGAGCUUUUGGAAGAUAUCUUCAGGCUGAUAUUGCAAUUCUCUCAGCGCCAUGGCAGUUUGACGCACGGUGAGCUACAGGGGACGGCACCACAAGGCCAAGGCAUCGAAGAGCUCUACGCGUCUUUCCGAAAGAAAGUCGGAGUGUUUCUGACCGUCUGUCGUGGGCUUAGCGAGAAGCGCAACGCGACCGCAAAGGGGCACCACAAACGCGAUCCAGAGGACAGGGCCGGAGAGGACGAUGCUGAUGCCAACACGAUCGACCGCCUGGUACUGCUGCUGGACAUGACGGAUUACCAUCUCAGGAGGCGCCCAGCUUGA